AUGUGCUCGUUGGAAGAUAUUUUGAUGACCGCGCGCGCGCUGGAGAGCGUCAAGGGCCUCACCAUCACGGAGAGACUCAUGUUUUGCAUGGCGCCCAUCACCACGGACGAUGCUGUGCAGGCGGCUGCCCUCGAGAUGGCAGAAAUCUUGGCUAGCUCCCGCGACGGUAGCGUGCUUAAUAUGCAGACUUUUGACCUUGAGAUCCUCGAUAUCGAAAACCCGACGCUGCCCGAGGAACUGCGUGCGCUAGAGUCUCUCCAUAAGAGUCUUCUUCUGUACCUCUGGCUCUCAUGGCGCUUCCCCGCAACAUUUACACCCCGGGAAACCGCACAGGAACUCAAGGUUAUCUGCGAGUGCCUCAUCGACACAGCGCUUAAAAAUAUCAAGAUGCCACGUCUCAAACACGUCCUCGAUGAGCCAUUCAACGAGGAGACGGUUGUGGAGGAUGAGAUGGAAGAAGACGAGGAUGCAAUCAUGGACCGUGAGGAGGAAGGCGAGAGCGUGGUGCCCCAUAUCAGUGGCGAGGUCGUGCCGCUAACGGACGGCGAGAUGGGCAUGGAACCGAAGGAGUGGGUAGUGGGGAGGAGCGCUACGAUCUAG